UUCUACACAACCAUCCUCAAAAAUUUCUCUUGACAUUAAACAUUUCACCCCAAUUCUAAUACUCCCAUCGUUAUUCCAGAACCAUCAGUCGACAAGCCUCGCUCCCCGAAGCUGGCCAGCCCCAAGCCCACCGUCCCCAUGAAACCCUCGCAGGCGUGGUACCCGGCCGCGCGCGAGUCCCUCCGCGGCGGCGUGUGGGACAACAACAACGACGCAGACCUCAGCUUCGAGCUGCGACAGGACGAGAGGCUACAUCCAGGCCAGCAGCUGAACGUGGACUUCACGAGUCCCGGGCGGCUGUACGGCGCGGACUUCCAGGUCCGGGACCACACGCUGAGCGGCGGCGUGUGGCUCUACAACACGCGCGACACGGACCUCAACCAGAACUGCGGACUCCCCAGCACCGACCAUGUCAGUACCGAAAGUCCUGGCAAGUCUACCGUCCCUGGACAGUUCCAAAUGGCCCCGGGCGGUGAGCGAAGGAAGUCCACGCAGGAGUUGUCCAAUCAGAAACCAGAAGCGAGCGUCGAAGAGUUGGAGCAGAGGCUCAACAACCUCAGAGGAUUUAAGUUAUAAUAUUAGGAUGUGAGUCACUGUUUUAUAUGACUAUAGUUUAGUUUAAAAUUAAAUUAAUA